UUUCCUUGUAUUUAAGCGAAAUCAUGGUGUAUAAUAGAUGGCAAAACCGGUAAAUUUUAAAAAGGACAUAAAACUAACGAAAUUCGAGAAAUAGCAUCAUUGACCAAAAUCGCAUCAUUACAGUGUAUCUGAAAACGCAGCAUCAACAAAGGGCACUAGUUCUAAAUUAGAAGAAAAUGAAUGGGUUUUGGUUCAAGAUUUAUUAUAUGCUUUAAUGUUACCUAGUGGAAAUGAUGCUUCGGUUGUUUUAGCGGAAAAUUUUGGGUGCUUAAUUUAUUUUGAGAGUAUUGGGUAGAGUAAACUUUUUGAAGAAAUUCAUUCAGUAGAUGUAACAGAGGAUGCUUAUAUAAGUGAUUAUUUGUAACUUUUCCUAUAGUAAAUGAAUAAUUUAUGUAAUGAUUUUGGACUUAAAAAUACGAAAUUCUCCAAUCCUCAUGGUAUGAAUAAUAAAAAUAAUUACUCUACUAGUUUAGAUGUGGCAAAGUUAACUUUUUAAUGUUUAAAAAAUGAAGAGUUUAGAAAAAUUUGCAGCACGAAAAGUUAUUAAGCAACUAUUAAAUUUGUAGAGUUAAAUGAUAAAGUUACAGAAAGAAAUAUUAUUUGGGAAAAUACUAAUAAAUUAUUAGAUAAAGGGUUUAAAGGGGUAAAAACGGGAAUUACUAAUAUUGCAGGGGCUUGUUUAAGUUCAUGGUAUGUUGAUUUUUUGGAUGAGUUUAAUAAAAAUGAGUAGGCUAAUUUAAUUAUUGUUGUUUUAGGAUCCUUAAAUUAAGAUAGUAGGUUUGAAGAUACGGUUAAGUUGGCAGAUUGGUAUACUUUGAAAUUAAAAGAAAAAUACUAUGAAAAUUAUAAUGAUCACUGAAAUUUUUUUUUAAUUAUAUUUUAUUAUUAUUGCAUUUUUUUUUUUUCAAAUAAAAUUUAUUUUUCAUACCAUU